UGUAUUCAAAGAAGAGGAGCUUAAAAGAAAAAGGUGAAAAAACUGAGGCAGGUGAAGGCUUAAACGCAAUGAGCUCUGCCAUCUGCUCAAUUUCAUCUCUACAAAAUCUUCAAUUCUUCAAAAACCCAAAAAUCUUUUUGCUUUGUUUUGGUAUUUGAGCUGUUUAAUUUUGCUAAAUUUCCAUGGAUGCUGCAGUUUUUAAUCCAUCUUCAUUCAUUACUACUUGUAAUAAACGUUCGUAUCCAGGCGUGUAUACUCGUCAAUUAGGAAAACCCAUUAAGCUAUCUGCUAAUAACCUUCGUUACUCAUGUGGGGUUGCGUCAAAUUUUGUUCUUCCUUACAAUUCGAGGUGUAAUUUUAGGAAUGGGAUUUGUUUAUCUGUUAAAGGGGGUAAAGGGGAGUUUCAGAAUGCUGAAGAUUCAUGCUUGAAAAUACCAUUUAUGCAUUUCCUGCUGAAAAAAGGGGUGAUUUUGGUAGGGGUGAUAUGUGGGUUUUUUUUAAUUGGGUGCAGAAGGGUGUUUGCUGUUGAAGGGGUUUUGAAUGGAGGAUAUGGUGUUUUAGAGCAGGGUUUGGUUUUGUUGAGGAGUUAUUGGCCUACGGUAUUGUUGGUUCUCAGGAUGUUUAAAGAACAAGGUUUGAUUCUUGCGGCGCUUCUUAGUCUUUCUGCAUUUUUUUCGAUGGCUGAGACAUCAAUAACUACGCUUUGGCCGUGGAAGGUGCGAGAGUUAGCUGAAAAAGAAUCUGACAAUGAAGGAGUCUUCAAAAUGUUGAGAAGUGAUGUUACUCGAUUCCUUACAACUAUACUCAUUGGAACAACCGUUGUCAAUAUUGCAGCUACAGCAUUAGUUACUGAGGCUGCAACUGCGGCAUUUGGUGAAGCUGGUGUGAGUGCAGCAACUGGAGUUAUGACGGUUGCGAUCCUGCUCUUAACGGAAAUUACUCCAAAAAGUAUUGCUGUUCACAAUGCCACAGAAGUUGCUAGGUUUGUGGUUAGGCCAGUUGCAUGGCUUUCCUUGAUACUAUAUCCAGUUGGAAGAGUUGUGACAUAUCUAUCAAUGGGAAUGCUAAAACUCCUCGGCUUGAAAGGAAGAAGUGAACCAUAUGUCACUGAGGAUGAAUUGAAGUUGAUGCUGCGUGGGGCGGAGUUAAGUGGCGCAAUUGAGGAGGAAGAGCAGGAUAUGAUUGAAAAUGUGUUGGAGAUUAAAGACACUCAUGUCAGGGAGGUAAUGACACCUCUUGUUGAUGUUGUUGCAAUCGAUGCCAGUGCAACGUUAGUUGAUUUCCAUAGUUUGUGGGUGACACAUCAGUACUCCAGGGUGCCCGUUUUUGAGCAACGUAUAGAUAAUAUUGUUGGCAUUGCAUAUGCCAUGGAUCUCCUAGAUUAUGUACAAAAGGGAGAACUGCUGGAAAGUUCUAUUGUGGGAGACAUUGCACAUAAACCUGCAUACUUUGUUCCCGAUUCUAUGUCAGUGUGGAACCUUCUUAGAGAGUUCCGCAUCAGAAAGGUACACAUGGCUGUUGUUCUUAAUGAAUAUGGAGGAACCAUUGGAAUUGUAACCCUUGAAGAUGUGGUCGAGGAAAUUGUUGGCGAAAUCUUUGACGAAAAUGAUUCAAAAGAGGAAAUCCAGAAAAAAACUGGCUAUAUUGUCAUGCGGGCUGAGGGAAUAUACGAUGUUGAUGCAAAUACCUCCAUUGACCAGCUCUCUGAAGAUCUCAAUAUUAAAAUGCCAGAGGACCAUCAAUAUGAGACAGUCUCUGGUUUUGUCUGCGAAGCAUUUGGAUAUAUCCCAAGGACAGGUGAGACGAUUAAGCUUAUACUGGAAAGGGGAAAUGAAGACGAGAACAACAAUUACAAUGACACAGAAUCUGAUCGAUCAGACCACAAUGAGAAGAACCAAACGUUUAAGCUUGAGAUAUUAGCAGGGAAUGCCAGAAAGGUUAGUGCUGUUCGAUUUGAACGGAUCAAUGACGAUGUAGAAGUAGAGUCAAGUGAGGUAACACGUCUCGUUCCAAAAAUCAUGACUCGGAAGAGGAAGAGUAACGGAGGCUCAGAUAGAAGCAACCACGACGAGAUCUCUUUCAUGGAGAGGAGAGAUGAGGAUGACAAUUCCAACAAUUUUGUUAUGGCUGAACGCGAGGACAACAACCUCGAUGUUGCAAAUAAACAAUAGUUGCAUGAAUCAUUUACAUUUUUUUGUUACUUAAAUUUGAAUGUAAAUCACGCGUCUUUAAGUCUUUUGAUAGUGUUCGAUUUCCAAAAAUGAAAUGAAAAUGUUACUUAUGAAACUUAUUUUUUUUUA